AUGGAAGGCUGGCUGAAAGAAUCUGGAGCGGUAGGCUUGGACGCCCUGGAGCUUGCCGAGUUCCCGGUCAUUGGGCGCGGCGUCAGAACACUGCGGCGUUUCAACGAAGGAGAAAGGAUUCUCACCAUUCCACGCGACGUUCUCUGGACAGUCGAACACGCAUAUGCUGACCCUCUUCUUGGACCAGUUCUUCGCUCUGCGCGGCCACCCUUGUCUGUUGACGACACCUUGGCUACGUAUAUUCUCUUUGUCCGAUCGCGCGAGUCAGGAUACGAUGGCUUGCGAAGCCAUUUAGCGGCGGUACCUAAGAGCUACUCUUCAAGUAUUUUUUUUACGGAGGAUGAGUUGGAAGUUUGCGCUGGAACUUCACUAUACGCCAUCACGAAACAGCUGGGGCGGUGCAUUGAGGACGAUUACAGGGCAUUAGUCUACAAGUGGGCUCUUUGCACCGUGUGGAGUCGCGCGAUGGAUUUUGCUCUGCCAGAUGGAAAAUCGGUUCGACUGCUGGCACCCUUCGCGGAUAUGUUAAACCACUCAUCCGAGGUUAGGCAGUGUCAUGCCUACGAUCCCUUGUCCGGAAACCUCUCUAUCCUUGCGGGGAAAGGCUACGAAGCCGGAGAUCAGGUGUUUAUCCAUUACGGGUCUGUUCCGAAUAAUCGCCUUUUACGUCUCUACGGCUUCGUCAUACCCAGUAAUCCUAACGACAGCUAUGAUCUCGUUCUUGAAACGCACCCGCUGGCGCCAUUUUUUGAGCAAAAGCGUAAGCUCUGGGCAUUGGCUGGACUCGAUUCUACCUCUACCAUCUCCCUCACUCUCACCGAUCCGCUACCGAAUAAUGUCCUUCGAUACCUCCGUAUUCAGCGGUCAGACGAAUCGGAUCUCGCUGCCGUAGCGCUUCAGCAAGCUGAUCCUAAAUAUGAGAAAAUCAGCAAUUCAAGCGAAGUGGAAGCUCUGCAGUUUCUAAUAGAAUCGUUCAGCGGUAUACUGGAUAGUUUUGGAACUCAGCCGGAAAAGCUAGAAGAACAGCUCGCGGAGGGCCUCUAUCCUUCAGGUGGGAAUGCAUGGGCGGCGGCGCACGUUAGCUUGGGCGAACAGCAGGUGCUGAGAUUGGCAAGAAAGAGAGCAGAGGAUAUGCUAGCAGCAGUGGAGCGUGGAAGUGGAAUUGAGAAGGGCUCAUUAUCAGCAGCGGCACAAUGCGCGAAUUGCAAAAAGGACUUUGUGCAAUUGAUGACAUGUGGGAGGUGCAAAGCAGUUAAGUAUUGCGGGCGGACAUGUCAGGUCGCUCAUUACAAAGAGCACAAGGCAAAAUGUCAAUAUACAGGUUCUCAGACAAAAUAA